UGUGCAUCAUUCAUUGUGUGUGCUUUGAUUAUAGCAACUAGUCACUCCAGUAAUAAAAUUCGUCUAACAUAACAUAUCAAGAUGUUGUCUUUCCGAUUCUCGUCUAUUGUUUCAUUUGGUCUGCUUUGUCUUACAAUCGUAAUGAUCAGUGCUGACGAAGCUCCAGAAGUACCAAAAGAUCCCGUUGAAGCUACAGCUGAAAAUGGAGAGGUAGAAAGUAACUGGUCCAAGGCACUUGCUUAUGCACGCAAUGCAUUUGCUUACACCUCUUCUUUAUGCAUUAUGCAAGCAGCAUGGAACUGCAAAAAACACGCAUCAUCUUGGAAAGCCACCAAAGAAUGUCUGCGUGAACAGAUUGAGGAUCAUAAGUCGUUCUGCUACACUGGUUAAUAUAAAUUUUUAAGUUUUAAGUCUAACUUUAAUUUAUAAAAACAAAAUACUGUAAAUUAAAUUUUUUAAUGCCGAAUAAAAUUUUUAUAUGAUUACAUCAAAA